CCUCGGAAUAAUCAGGAUUGAUUCGCUGAUGACUUCAGAAUAUUGUAAGGCAGCGGAAUGAUGAAUUUCGGAAGUUCCACCGUCAUUUAUACGUUUCAAGCAAAUCUAAAAAAAAUCGUUCUAUAAUUGAAGUAAUUUAUUAUCGAAUAUGUCUCCUGAAACUCCCCAUAAAGUCCUAACCUCAUCGUGAUUCCAGUGUUUAUAAGUUUCGCGUCAUUUCAGUGGCGAAAUGUCAGUGAUGCAAUUGCAAUAACAAUUGUCACUCUGCCCUGUUUCCAUGUAAUUCUAGAGAAUAAAAAGGAUUAAGUGAGGAGUUAUUUCGUGGGAAGGAUCCAGUUGUUUUUUUCAGGUAAAAGUGAAAUAAAAUACAAAGAAUAAUGGAGGCUGUACCGAGGCUGCCCAUGCUAUCGUUCCAACUCAAAGUUAGUCCUGAGGCCACGUCUUAUGCAAAAUUGAAACAGUAUAUUCGAGACUUCUACAAUGAAGAUCCGGAGUCCUACUCCAACGAAAUCCACCAGCUAGAGCAUCUCCGGGGAAUGGCAUCCCGCCCACCAAUAGCUGUCACUGGUUGCUCAGUCUUGAAGAAGUACUACUGCCAAUUGCACUUUGUGCAGUCGAGGUUCCCGAUGCGGCCAGAUGAGCCAGCAGCAGUUUCAUUUUCUUGGAAAGACCCCUACACGACCAUGGUGUUUACCCUCUCUAACAUUCGCUUCGAGUUAAUGUCAAUCCUCUACAACAUCGGUGCAAUACACAGUCAACUGGGUAGUAAAACCGAACGAACGUCAGCGGACGGUAUGAAACUGGCAUGCUCCCACUUUCAAUGCGCAGCCUGGGCGUUCGAGCACGUGCUGAGCGGUUAUCCCCCGAUUCCCGGCAUUGACAUCUGUCCAGACCUAAUAAAGUUCAUGGAGCAGUUGUCGCUCGCCCAGGCACAGGAAUGCAUUCUCGAGAAGAGCAUGCUCGACAAUCGAAAGCCAACGAUAGUGGCUAAAGUUGCUAAGCAAAUUGUGGAUUACUACGGCCUAGCCUUGCGCACCCUGGAGCCCAACAACAAUGACGAGAGCCCAAUAGGCGAUAUAGUUGGUUCAAAAAUUUACAAAUCAUGGAAGAACUACGUGAAAUUCAAACGAUCAUAUCAUAUGUCAGUGACGUACCUAUACCAGGGUCUGGCCGCUGAGGAGCAGCAGAAAAUGGGGGAACGUGUGGCAUUCUACAAUGCAGCCCUGGUAUCCUUGAACACUGCUCGAGGUCUGCAUACGUCGGCGAAGGGAACAGGAGGAAUUACAGGGAUUCCCACUGAGAAAGAUGCCAUUGAGGAGGCGCUAGUGUUCACGAACGACGUGAUCGAGGGCAAACGAAAGGCAGCUAAGAACGAGAACGAAUUCAUCUACCACGAGGAAGUUCCUGAGAAGGAUAUGCUACCAACAGUGAAUGGAGCAUCGUUGGUGAAGGGAAUCUCCUUCAAUGUCAACGACCCUGAGAUAUCCGGCCCAGACAUAUUCGCUCGAUUGGUCCCCAUGCAAGUCCACGAGGCUAGCUCUCUCUACUCCGAGGAAAAAGCGAAGAUCCUGCGAUCUGUGGGGGGAAAGAUCGAGGAGAAAGACCAAAUCUUGGAGACUUAUUUGUCGAGUCUGAAACUCCAACAUUUAACUCUCUGGGAUCCCGACAUUCCAACGAGCUCUGAAGAGCUUCUGACACUUCCCGAAGAACUGGUGGAGCGGUGUGCAGCUCUUAACGCUAGGCCAAAUGCGAUCAAAGAUUUGGAAGACAUGAUGAGUAAGCUGUCGAUCACGUAUGGAGACGUGGAGACCAUGUUGAAAGACAUUGACAAGCUGCUAAAAGAGGAGGAACUAAAGGAGAGGCAGUACCAGGAGGCGAUAGGCAAGCGGCCUCCCUCGAUCGUGGCGACAGAUCUCACUCGAGAGGCCAAAAAGUACGAGGAGGCGCACGCAAAGGCCUCGGAAAGUAACCAAGCCCUUCACCGAGCGAUGACCCUUCACUUGAAUAAUCUGCAGCUGUUGUCGCAACCGUUGAGCGAUCUCUCCUUGAAGAUACCUUCAAUAAAGCAGAAAGAUGGCACUGUACUGUCGACGAGCGAAGCUGACAAACAUAAUGUCAGAGAGCUGAAGAGAAUUCUAGGAAAGGUCGAGGAGAUGCAGAGACAGAGAAGUGAUCUGCACUCGAAGCUGAGGGAUUCCAUAGCUCAGGAUAAUUUGACGAGACUCUUGGUGACGGCAACAGCAGAAUCAGUUCCCCUGGGCGCUUUAUUCUCUGAGCAACUGGAGAAGCAUCAGUCCCUAGUUGAUCUCAUAAACCAGAAUCUGACGGCUCAGGAUAACAUCUUGACAGCGUUGACCGACGCAUACGCCAGAACCGCGGAGACGAGAAAGUCUGUUGAUGAGGUACUGAAGCGUCGAGAGAUGAUGAUGUCCUCCCUCAUCGCCUCCUACGAUGCCUACGAGGACCUGAUGUCCAAAUCGUCGAAGGGUCUUGAAUUCUACCGAAAGCUGGAGGUCAACGUCACGAAGCUUCUCCAGAGAGUGAAGAGCACUUGCCGAGUCCAGGAGGAAGAACGAGAGCAGAUAAUCGCAAAGAAUGAGAAGCCUCACAUCUACCAAGCAGACGAGAACGUGACGUCUGUUAACGUUGGGGAGAAAAAGCCGUCAGGAUCAGGGAUGAAGCUGCGGGAUCAUCUCAUCAAUCGUAUGAAGACGAACCCAAUAAGUCCGAAUAAUUAUUAUCAGUACACUGAAGGUAAACAACAGAUUCCUGUUGUCUCCGUACAGCCCAAUACUCAUACCCUGUCCUCAGGCACCUCUGUGCCUAAUUUAGGUGCGGAUUCUGCAAAGUAUCAGGAGCAAGGGUUUAACCAAGGCUACUAUUAUCCCAAUCAGGGCUAUUAUCAAGUGAAUCCUCAAGCUGCAGCUCAAGUUAAUCCUCAGGUGAAUGCAUAUCCUCCGUAUUCGAUGGGCUUUGACUCAAGUCAAGGAUUGCCAAGAUCGAUAACAACUAAUUCUGAUAAUAUGUAUCGUCAGGCUGGAACAACACCCACUGAAACAGCUAGUGAGAGUACUUUGUACGCUGGUUAUCCCAAUUUCAAAUCCAAUGGGGAUUACCAGGUACCUCAGGUGCAGAAUUAUCCACCUGCAACACAUCACCAACCUGUGAACAGUCAUAAUUACUCCUAUCCUGAUUAUACCAGUGGUAAGACUAGUCAAGAUUAUCAGAGUUAUUAUCAGGUACAGCCAGGUGCAGGAGCAUCCGCAGUCGAUUCAAAACCAGUGACAACAGUCAAUCAAUCGCCUGGGCAUGCCACUUUACCCAACAGACCCGAGGUUGCUGUUACUCCUCAGGUGCAAGUGCAACCGAUACCAGUGACGCCCCAGGCUCAUGUUCAACCGACUCCUGUUAUUCCUCAGGCCCAGGUGCACCCAACAGUGCCUGACAACAGAGAGGGAUAUAGCUAUCCACAAGUUAAUUCACCGAGUAAUUACCAGGGCUACUCAAGUGUGCCUGUCUCCGGCGCCUCGGGUCAUUAUGGUAAUUCAGGUAUAGGGGGAGGGGCCUCGGGGGAUCAGCAACAAAUGCAAAUGGGAUACUACAAGCAAAUGAUGCCUGUAACGAGUCAAAUGCCUCAAGUAACUCAACAAGAUUCGAAUUACUCGAAUUAUGGUCAGGUUUACAAUCAAGUAGGCACGACAAAUGUACCUGCCAGCUACUCGAAGCCCUCUGACACGAUAAUUCAGAGUCACACGAAGUCAACUGGUGCCUAUAUACCAAAUCAAAAUUAUCAGAAUUACUCCAUUCAGGGACAUCGCAGCUCGGUUCAGCCAUACCUGAAUUACUCACAGGGGUACAAUGCUGGGGGCAAUUGGCAGGGACAAACUGACUCCUAUCAGGGACAUCCGGGAUACUCAUUCGAUCCAACGUCAGGAAUGUAUCAGUACAGUUCAGGUUAUUCACAAAUGCAGCAACAGCAAAUGCAGGUCACUGAUGGCUCCCUGAAUCGAUCAAAUAAUUCACGUUAUACGAGUGCCAAUAAUGCAGCUGUUACUAAUUUAACUUCAUCCCCCUAUUCCACAGGGGCGAGCUAUCAACAAAAUGGAGGGGAUAAGGAUUAUUAUCAAGUACAGGGUGUUCAGGUUGACAAUCAGGUUGGUCAGAAUUAUGGGGGUGGAAUGUCACAAAGUGGAGGGCUGAAUAAUCAAGUGCAGCAGGUUCUUCCUAAUCAAGUGACGAAUCAGGCACAUCCACCUGUACCUAAUCAUGUUGCCAAUCAGAUUACGAAUCCAGGUCAACAGGCUGUACCCAAUCAGGUACAUCCCGUGCCAAAUCAGAUGACUAGCCUAGCUCAACAGGUGCAUCCAGGUGCAGUGCCUAAUCAAAUAUCAGACGUAACGUCGAAUGUUCCACAGAGCCAACAACAUAUAUAUAAUCAGGCACAGCAUUCGUAUUUACCUGAUCAGACAUCUCAAAAUGCAGUGCCUAAUCAGGCGCAUCACAGCAUCACGAUAAAUAAUCAAGUACCACCUGGCGCUCCACCUGAUCAGACAUCUCAGGUAUUUGUACAGCCAAGAGUGACUGACGGAACAAAAAGACCCCAUGUUGACCCACCCCAAACAACAAAGAAAUCAAAUCUCGAUCUUCUGGCUGAUCUCGAUAUAACCAUCAAUCAUGCACCCCUCGUGCCGGAAAUUCAGACAUCAGAAAUACCGAAGCCAGUGAAAGAUGACAAGAUAAAUGACCUGAAUGAGGAUGAAGUCAGUACUACCCGGGAAGAGCGUCCUUUUCAGUUGGACGAUAAACAUGAGAAUCUCCAGAUCGUCUGGGACACGUGGUACAACGACGUUCAGCCGAAAAGGGAUCCUCUUGGUGAUCCCGCUGUUCUCCAAAAAUUUAUAACUGAUAUAGAGAAAUACGAGAAAUUUGUUGACAGCUUGACUGUCAAGACUCUGAGUGGAUCGACAAAUUUGGAAAUCAAGUGGAGGGAGAUUCGUGAGUUCGAGGAGAGAGAGUCGAAGAGGCAGACCUACACUGCGGCAUUGGCACAUGUGGGGGAAAACAGGUCGCCUGAUUGGGUUCCUUAUGACUCGACCAGGGUGAAGCUGGGGGAAGGCAAUUCGGAUUAUAUAAAUGCUUCGCAUGUCAAGGAUUUGACUCAGUGGACACCCAUAUUCAUUGUUACUCAAGCGCCGAUCUCCACUGCUACUAGUGAGGCGUUCUGGGGAAUGAUCUGGGAGCAGGGGAGCGAGGUAGUUGCAUGCGUCUGCAGCGAUGAACAGAUUAGUAAUCAGGACGUGUACUGGCCCAGUGAAGGUGGAUCUCUGUCGAUUGGGGCAUUUAAUCUUCAAUUGAAGACACUGACGAAUCAUUCCAGUUAUGUUAGACGAGUCAUCGCCGUUUUUAAUUCCAAGGAGAGGACGGAGAAACUCGUUGUGCAUAUGCAGUACUCAUCUUGGCCUGUCGGGGGCUUCCCCAGCAGUCCUGGAAGCUUCCUUUCAUUUGCCACUGAUAUUAUGUCGGAACAGGCGUUGAGGCACUGCCCCAGACCUAUUAUCGUUCACUGCAUGAAUGGGGGACCGCUCAGUGGACUCUUUGUACUUGCUGCUGCUACUGUCUGUCAUGUACGCGCUGGUCAUGGAAUCAUUGAUGUGCCUCUUGUUUUAUCCACACUUGCCAAGUACCGAAAGUGCCUCAUUGAUAGGGAUUCACUACUCUUUGGGUAUCGAAUGGUACUUUAUUAUGCACAGGACAGCCUCAUGAAGCGAGGAAUUUUAUCAUCGACGAGAUCGACAUUCGAUGGAUUUGACAGUUUAAAGGGUAAAGGAAAAAACGUUAAGCACUGUCAUCCCUCUGAUGAUUUUCUUCAUAAUUUAGGAGUCGGUGGUAUAUCAAGACAACAGAAUGACGAUACAACAAGCCAGAUGCAAAGUAAACCGAAAACAACAUCUGAUACAGAGGAUAAGACUGAUAGAGUUAAACCAGUAGAUCCCCUGAGUCAACUUGAUCCACUGUGGUCAAUCCGUAAAUAAUUUCGUGAGCAAGUUUACACACGUUCCAAAUGAUUUUGCUGUUGUACUGAAUCAAAUUAUUGUACUAUUGACACUGAAUCCUUUUUUUGUGGAGAUUCAUUCAGUAACGAAGACAUGAAAAUGAUUCAAAUCGACUUUGGCCAGCGAAAAUUUCAAUGAAUAUCUCCACAUCUAGAGCAGAUACCGAAAUUUAGUCGAAACCUCUUUUGUAGUUCGUGAUUCGCUCUACAAAAAAGGAAAGUAUAAAAAUUUCCCUAUCGUGAUUGGUUUCGGAGAUAUGGUUCAAACUUCGGCUGAAACUCAGUCGUUUUCGAUCAUUUUAUUAAUUCGUUACUGCAUUGGUUUUUAUUGCUUCACGGUGAUGCUGUGAUGGAUUUUAAAGAACUCGAUGGGAGGUGAAUAAUUGUACAGGUGAUUAAUAUUUGGUCAGGAGGACAUGUUGAGAUAAAACCAUAUGCGUAUUAAUUAUUAAACUUAUUUUACUCUUCAUACAUUAAA